AUGAAGAACCUCAGGGGCAUGAUUGCAAUCGUGACAGGCGCCGGCAACGGCAUUGGAAAGGCCAUAGCUGAGCGUCUUGUUGACGAAGGCUGCGGAGUGAUGUGGGCAGAUGUUGAUGGAGAGGCUGCCCAACAGGCAGCCGCAUACUGCCCUCCAAACUGCCUGCAGGGAUUCCCCUGUAAGGUUGAUAUGUCAAAGGAGAAGGAGGUGGCAAAUUUGAUCCAAGCAACGCUUAUGCGCUUCAGUCGGGUAGAUAUAUUUGUCAACAACGCGGCGCGCUUUGUUUUUGGCCACGCAUCAGAAGUGACCGAAGAAGAUUGGGAACGGGCCCUGGGCACGAAUGUGAAGGGGUACGCAUGGGGCAUCAAGCAUGCCAGCCUGGCCAUGAUGGCGCAAGGCAGCGGUGCCAUUGUGAAUGUAGCUUCUACCAGUGCGUUCGUGGCGCAGCCGUCUUUUGUACCGUACAGCACCACGAAGGGAGCUGUGCUGCAGCUGACGCGGUGCAGCGCGCUGGACCUCGGGCCGCACGGGAUCAGGGUCAACGCCGUGUGCCCUGGACCGAUCCUAACAGACGGGACGGCGCGCCACGCAGCCAGUGUCAGCAAAAGCACAGAGGAGUUGUGCAAUGAGAUGACAGCGCCACUCAUACUGAAGCGCAUGGGGAAGCCGGAUGAAGUUGCAUCUGCAGUGGCGUUCCUGGCCUCUGAUGAAGCCAGCUUCAUCACCGGGACGACACUGAUUGUGGAUGGCGGCCUCACAGCGUUGUAG